AUGGCCAGCAAUCAAGUGGUUGUCGAUACUCGAGGAGCUGUGGGUGCAGCCGCAUUGACACGGGCAGGCGGUGCCUACAUUCCACCUCAUCGCUUGCGACAAAUGCAGCAACAGAUUACCGACAAAUCCGGCGAGGCAUAUCAACGCAUCACCUGGGAAGCUUUGAAAAAGUCCAUCAACGGCUUGAUCAACAAGAUCAACACUUCUAAUAUCAAGAUGAUUGUCCCCGAGUUGUUUGGCGAGAAUUUGGUGCGAGGACGAGGCUUGUUUUGUCGUAGUCUGAUGCGAGCACAAAGUGCCAGUUUGCGUUUUACACCCGUCUACGCUGCUGUCGCUGCGGUUGUGAAUACCAAGAUACCAGAUGUGGGCGCGUUGCUAUUAGCUCGCCUUGUCACUCAAUUCAGACGUGCUUAUCGACGUAAUGAUAAGACCGUUUGCCUCUCUGUGUGUACCUUUAUUGCCCAUCUUGCCAAUCAAUUGGUUGUCCACGAGAUUCUACCAUUGCAAAUCUUGGCUUUAUUGUUACAACAACCUACAGAUGAUUCAGUGGAAAUUGCUGUCGGCUUCAUGCGUGAAGUGGGUGCUCACUUGGCCAACGUUUCUCCAAAGCCCAACAACGCCAUCUUUGAGAGUUUCCGCACCAUUCUACACGAAGGAAAGAUCGAUAAGCGCACACAGUACAUGAUCGAAGUCCUUUUCCAAGUACGCAAAGACAAGUUUAAGGAUAAUCAGCCUGUUGUUCAAGAUCUUGAUCUUGUCGAGGAAGAUGAUCAAAUCACACAUUACGUUGGCCUUGACGACGAGGAUUUGGAUGUCGAGGAACGGCUCAAUAUUUUCAAAUACGACCCCGAUUAUGAGGAGAACGAGAAACGAUACGCUGAACUUAAGGCAGAGAUCUUGGGUGAAGGAUCCGAAGAUGAAUCAGGCACAGAUGAGAGCGGUUCUGAAAGCGACGAUGAGAGCGAGGAGGAUGAAGAGGAGCAAAAGAUGGAGAUUCAAGACAAGACCAAUGCGGAUACGAUUGAAUUACGUCGCAAGAUCUACUUGACGGUGAUGUCCAGUCUUGACUUUGAAGAAUGUUGUCACAAGCUCAUGAAACUUGAUAUCCCCGAAGGACAAGAGAUUGAGCUCUGUAACAUGAUCAUCGAAUGUUGCUCUCAAGAACGCACUUUUCUCAAGUUUUAUGGUUUGAUGGCUGAGCGAUUCUGCAAGAUCAACAGGAUAUGGGGUGAAAACUUUACUGUCGCUUUCAAUGAAGUAUACGAGACGAUCCAUCGUUAUGAGACAAAUCGACUUCGCAACAUUGCCAAGUUAUUUGGACAUUUAUUCUACACAGACUCGUUGGCAUGGACUUGUUUUUCAGUGAUUCGACUUACAGAAGACGAGACAACCUCUGCAUCACGUAUUUUCAUCAAGAUUCUCUUUCAAGAAAUCAGCGAAUUCCUUGGAUUGAAAAAGCUAAAGGAACGUAUGGAGGAUCCUUAUAUGCUCGAAUAUUAUCAAGGCAUGUUUCCCAAAGACAAUCCCAAAAACACCCGUUUUGCCAUCAACUAUUGGACAAGUAUCGGUCUUGGUGCUUUGACAGAAGAUUUACGUGAAUGGCUUCGAACUGCACCUCAACAAAUCAUGCGUAAGAGUCGUGGAUCAUCAAGUGAAUCGGAUAGUAGCAGUGAUAGCAGCAGCAGUGGCAGCAGCAGUGAUAGCGAUAGUGGUAGCGAAUCCGAUAGCAGCACCGGUAGUAGCAGCAGUGGUAGCGGCAGCAGCAGCAGUGGAUCGGAAAGUGAUAGUGUUUCCAGUCGUAGCCGCAGCCGUAGUCGUCGCCGCCGUUCAUACAGUCCAAGACGCCGUAGUAGCAGAAGAAGAAGCCCAAGUUAUGAUCGAAGAGGAAGAAGACGUGGUCGCAGCAUUAGUGAUUCGGAGAGCGAUUCCGCAAGUAGCUACAGCAGCGAUGAUAGCACCUCACGUCGCAAGAGAAGAAGACGCUAA